UUCCUUUAGAGGUCUCUGCAAUGUUAAAUCGUGUGGGAAAAAAAACUGAAAUAAAUCAGGAAGAAAUGCAAUCGACAUUUCAGUGAAGCCAACAAAACAGUUUUCUCUCUGGACAUUGUGCAGCAACCUUUGGCUUCGAAACAGUAGAGAAUAUCCAGUCUCUGCAUUUGUUUGAUUUAGACAGAUCAAACCUUAAAUUUAUGCCUGAAAACGUUUCCUGAAUUAUUUUCCGCCUUUACAAUGCACACCAGUCCUUCCUCCUCUUUAUUGUUGUGCGUGUUGUGCAUUUGUCUUCAGCAGGGAAGAUGCGAAUACAUUUUAAAAAGAAGCUCUUUUAAAUCUACCAAGGUCAUCGGUUUCUCCUGGGAGAACUGCGGCCAAGCCAAAGACCCGGCGGUGAUGAAGAGUCUGGCGUUGUCGCCGGAUCCCAUUUCUAUUCCCGGGGACCUGAAAGCCAGCGCGGCGGGUUCGACAGCAGUAGCGCUUACCUCUCCGCUGGCCGUCAAUCUGACUGUGGAGAAAGAAGUAUAUGGGGUUUGGGUGAAGGUACCCUGUGUGGAAGAGAUUGGGAGCUGUGAUUACACUGACGUCUGUCAACUUUUGGACAAGGCGAUUCCCCCAGGCCAGGCCUGUCCAGAGCCCCUGCACACCUAUGGCAUUCCCUGCCACUGCCCUUUCAAGGCUGGAGACUAUACAUUGCCAGAGACUGACUUUUACUUGCCCAAUGUGGACCUUCCCUACUGGCUGACAAAUGGAAAUUACAGAGUUGAAGGCGUCCUGGGAAACAGUGGGCUGGAACUUGGCUGUCUGAAAGUGACGUUUUCUAUACACUCCAACUAAUGCUCAACGUGCUUUCACCGAUUGCCUCGAUCUGCAAUAUUAAUGGACCUGCAUGCUUUCUUUAAUCUUUACAAUUGCAGACAGAAGCUAACACAUGUUGCAUUGACCAAGCUAAGUAUUGCAAGCCAGUAAGAAUAACUGAAAUAACAGUUCAGUAACGCUUGUGGUCUUUGAGGGCUGAAGUCAUCCUUCAAAGUCUUAAGAAAGAAAGGGCGGCUCAGCAGAGAAAUUUGGUUCUGCUGCAGCUGUAAUUAAAUAUUUUGCAUCUUUGACAGGUCUGAUUGCCAAGAUUGUUAACAUAUGAAACUACAGAUGGUGGCUGACAAAUUUUCUUAAAUGAAAGUUUGAGCUUGAUUCUUCUUUCAAUACACUCUUUUCCCUUUAAAUGUUUAACUGAUCAUUUUUAAACGCUCAGGUGAAAUUUGAUUUUAAUAUUCUGCUUGGUUUACAUUUUCAAAGGUUGAAGUAUGAUAGAUAAAAAAAAUCUAAACAUUAACGGUACGUUCUGUAAAUAUUUCUGCAGUAGGCUGAGAAAGUGUUUGAGAAAUUAUAUAGCAUUUGGAAAGCAGAUCAUUUUAAAUUGUAAUGCUUUAUCUUUACAUUUAUACUAAUUCCAUAAACACAAAUAUUUGUAUCAUUUUUUGCAGUUUGUUUUGGUUGAAACCUUUAGCUUUUGUUUGUUGCCAAAUGUGGCCUUCACUGGACAGACAUCCAUUUAAAAUGGAGCUCAAAUACUUGAAGGCUGUUUCGGAAAUAAUCUGAAUAAUAUACUUAUAGGAUUAAUUUAAAACGCAGAUCACAGUUAUGGGGGACUGUUGUUUUAAAUGCAGCAUUAAUGGAGUAUUUGUAUACAGUAUAUAACCAAUACCUUCCUGAGAUGUAACGGAAUUCCCAAGUCAUAUAAAGUAGUAGUAGUAGAAGUUAAAAAUACUAACUUAAUAUGAAAACAAGAAUGCUAUUCAGAAGAAUUUUAAGAUUAGGAUUAAGGCUGCAACUGUAUUUAUAACUGUUUAUUGUAAAACUAACUAUAAAAACAUAUUUUUAUUGAUUUAUUUUGAGCGUGUGGUUUCAUUGCUAUUAAAUUAAAUAGUUUUUUAAUUACAAAAUAAGAUCAGGACCAUAAUAAUGUAACACUGAAUCAGAGUUUGUUUUGAAAUUUUAUCUUAAUGUGCACUUUAGCAGAAUUUAUUCUGUGUGAGAUAAGUCACUUGUACUAUUUUUUUCUGACUUGUUAUCUGAAUGUUUGCCUUUUGGUACAUAAACAGUUGGCUGAUACUAAAAUCUCAAUGCAAUAAAAUGUUUAUCUGUUUAAUGCUU